AAGAAGAAGAGGAGGAGAAGAUUGGGAAAUGUGUUAAUCAUGGAGACCAUGUUGAGACAUUCUCUACAUCCAGAGAGCAUCAGCAGGAAGAUCACAGAGCAAAGAUGUCUCACCACUGCCCACAUUGUGAGGAGAUUUUCCCAAUUCUAUCAAAGCUAAAAAUACACCUAAAAAUACACACAGGAGAGAAGCCUUACUCAUGUUCUGAAUGUGGAAAAUGCUUCAAAACAUCAACUGAACUAAAAGUUCAUCAGAGAACACACACAGGAGAGAAGCCUUACUCCUGCUCUGAAUGUGGAAAAUGCUUCAAAACAUCAACUGAACUAAAAGUUCAUCAGAGAACACACACAGGAGAGAAGCCUUACUCCUGCUCUGAAUGUGGAAAAUGCUUCAAAAGAUCAACUGCACUAAAAAUUCAUCAGACAAAACACACAGGAGAGAAGCCUUACUCCUGCUCUGACUGUGGAAAGAGAUUCUCUCACCUGGGAAACUUAAAACAACAUGAACGUAUACACAAAGGAGAGAAGCCUUACUCCUGCUCUGACUGUGGAAAGAGCUUCUCUUACCUGGGAUACUUAAAACAACAUGAACGUAUACACAAAGGAGAGAAGCCUUACUCCUGCUCUGACUGUGGAAAGAGUUUCUCUCGACCGUGCACCUUAAAAAGACAUGAACGUAUACACACAGAGAAGCCUUACUCCUGCUCUGAAUGUGGAAAAUGCUUCAAAAGAUCAACUGCACUAAAAAUUCAUCUGACAAAACACACAGGAGAGAAGCCUUACUCCUGCUCUGAAUGUGCAAAAUGCUUCAAAACAUCAACAUCGCAAAAAAUUCAUCAGAGAACACACACAGGAGAGAAGCCUUACUCCUGCUCUGAAUGUGCAAAAUGCUUCAAAACAUCAAAAUCACAAAAAAUUCACCAGAGAACACACACAGGAGAGAAGCCUUACUCCUGCUCUGACUGUGGAAAUAGGUUCUCUCUAAUGGGUACCUUAAAACAACAUGAACGUAUACACACAGGAGAGAAGCCUUACUCCUGCUCUGAAUGUGGAAAAUGCUUCAAAACAUCAACAUCACUAAAACGUCACCAGAGAACACACACAGGAGAGAAGCCUUACUCCUGCUCUGACUGUGGAAAAUGCUUCAAAACAUCAACAUCACUAAAAAUUCAUCAGAGAACACACACAGGAGAGAAGCCUUACUCCUGUUCUGAAUGUGGAAAAUGCUUCAAAACAUCAACAUCACAAAAAAUUCAUCAGAGAACACACACAGGAGAGAAGCCUUACUCCUGCUCUGAAUGUGGGGCGAGUUUCUCUUCACUGGUCCACUUAAAAAAACAUGAACAUAUACACAAAGGAGAGAAGCCUUACUCCUGCUCUGAAUGUGGGGCGAGUUUCUCUUCACUGGUCCACUUAAAAAAACAUGAACGUAUACACACAGAGAAGCCUUACUCCUGCUCUGAAUGUGGAAAAUGCUUCAAAAGAUCAACUGCGGUAAAAAUUCAUCAGAGAACACACACAGGAGAGAAGCCUUACUCCUGCUCUGAAUGUGCAAAAUGCUUCAAAGCAUCAACAUCACUAAAAAUUCAUCAGAGAACACACACAGGAGAGAAGCCUUACUCCUGCUCUGACUGUGGAAAGAGAUUCUCUUACCUGGGAUACUUAAAACAACAUGAACGUAUACACAAAGGAGAGAAGCCUUACUCCUGCUCUGACUGUGGAAAGAGUUUCUCUCGACCGUGCACCUUAAAAAGACAUGAACGUAUACACACAGAGAAGCCUUACUCCUGCUCUGAAUGUGGAAAAUGCUUCAAAAGAUCAACUGCACUAAAAAUUCAUCAGACAAAACACACAGGAGAGAAGCCUUACUCCUGCUCUGAAUGUGAAAAAUGCUUCAAAACAUCAACAUCACUAAAAAUUCAUCAGAGAACACACACAGGAGAGAAGCCUUACUCCUGCUCUGAAUGUGGAAAAAGCUUCAAAAGAUCAACAUCACUAAAACGUCACCAGAGAACACACACAGGAGAGAAGCCUUACUCCUGCUCUGACUGUGGAAAUAGGUUCUCUCUAAUGGGUACCUUAAAACAACAUGAACGUAUACACACAGGAGAGAAGCCUUACUCAUGUUCUGAAUGUGGAAAAUGCUUCAAAACAUAAACAUCACUAAAAAUUCAUCAGAGAACACACACAGGAGAGAAGCCUUACUACUGCUCUGAAUGUGGGGCGAGUUUCUCUACACUGGGCCACUUAAAAAAACAUGAACAUAUACACAAACGAGAGAAGCCUUACCCCUGCUCUGACUGUGGAAAGAGAUUCUCUCACCUGGGAUACUUAAUAAGCCAUGAAUGUAUACACAAAAGAAAGAAGCCUUACUCCUUUUCUGACUGUGGGGCAAGAUUCUCUCGUCCGGACACCUUAAAAUGACCUGAACAUGUACACACAGGAGAGAAGCGUUACUCCUGCUCUGUGUUUCUCUUGAAUGUGCCAUUUCAAAAGACACCAAGGGAAACAUGAGUGGAGCCUUACCACUGAUUUGACUGUAGGAAAUGUUAAAACACCAGCUGAGCUUAAAGGUCAUUAGAGAAAAGACAAAGGAGAGAAGCCUUACUUCUGCUCUCAAUGUGGCAAGAGUUUUUCCCAAUUGGGAAAACACACCAACGGCUACACACUUGAGAGAAGCCUUAUCACUGCACUGACUGUGGGAAGAGAUUCUACAGAUUGGGCCAAUUAAAAAGACACCAAUGUACACAUAAAGGAGAGAAACCUCAUCAGUUUUCUCAGACCAGCUAAGAAUAGACACUCCACUUAAUUAUCAUGUCAUUAAAUAAUUGGCAACGUUGAAUUGGAUCAAAUGAAGAAAGUGUAGAACACUAUUGUAAUCCUAUAGUUUCUCACUGUGAGAGAACAAUGCAGAGGAAAGGGAGUGUUAUAGAAUGUUAGCCUCUCUUUACUGAUCAGUGUGCACCUUGUCAGUUUUGUUGUGUUUUGUUAGCUUCUACUGUAAAGAUAUUGAGAUUACCUUGAAU